AUGGCUGUGGCAUUUCUGCUCUCCCCAGGCCCAGCCGGCUUUGGAUCCCUGCGGCUGGUGGGCGGAGGGAGCCGGUGCGACGGACGAGUGGAGAUCUUCCAGGAUGGGGCGUGGGGCAGAGUCCUGGAUGAGCAGUGGGACGUGCAGGAGGCCAGCGUGGUGUGCCGGCAGCUGCAGGUGCGGAGAGGGAGCCGGCGGGUCCGGCUGGUGAACGGGGCCGGGCGCUGUGCAGGGAGAGUGGAGAUCUACUCCCAGGGCAUCUGGGGGACUGUCUGCGACGACGGCUGGGACCUGUCUGAUGCCGCCGUCAUUUGCCACCAGCUGGGCUGCGGAGAGGCAGUGGAGGCAGCCGGCUCCGCUCGCUUCGGGGAAGGCUCCGGGCAGAUCUGGCUGGAUGGUGUGAACUGCUCCGGGGCCGAAGCUGCUCUCUGGGACUGCCCAGCUGGGCCCUGGGGGCAGCACGACUGCGGGCACAAAGAGGAUGCGGGAGUCGUCUGCUCAGAGUUCGUGGCCCUGAGGCUGGAGAACAGCGACGGCUGCUCCGGGCGCCUGCAGGUUUUCUACAACGGGACAUGGGGGAGCAUUUGCUCUAACUCCAUCACUGACAACACGGUGACACUGGCGUGCAAGGAGCUGGGCUGCGGGGACGGAGGAUCCCUGGAAACACACCUGCCCUCUGGCAGGGUGUCUGGCCCUGCCUGGCUGGAUCGCGUGCAGUGUGGGGAGACAAACAGCUCUUUCUGGCAGUGUCCCUCCACACCCUGGAACCCACAGUCAUGUGAAUACCUGGAAGAGGAGAUCCGCAUCACCUGCAAUGCCAGGGAGAAGAUUCGUGCCGUGGGAGGCGAGGACGAGUGCUCGGGCAGAGUGGAGGUCUGGCACCGUGGCUCCUGGGGGACGGUGUGCGACGACUCGUGGGACAUGCAGGAUGCCGAGGUGGCGUGCAGGCAGCUGGGCUGUGGCCCUGUGGUGUCUGCCCUGCAUGAGGCUGCGUUUGGGAUGGGGACGGGCCCCAUCUGGCUGGAGCAGGUGGAGUGCCGGGGGACGGAGCCGUCCCUGCAGGACUGCUGGGCCCAGGCCCGGGGACAGCGGGGCUUGCCGGCACAAGGAAGAUGCUGCCGUGCGCUGCUCAGCUACACCCAGGAUGAUCCCACCCGAGGCCAUCAGAGCAGCAGCGGGAGAGUCUCAGUGCCCGUCAUCAUGUGCAUCAUCCUGGGGACCCUUGUCUGCCUGCUCCUGGCCCUCCUGGCUGGGCAAGUGCUGAGCGCCAGGGCUGGGCGCAGAGGCUCCAGCAGAGCCCAGGAGCCCUUCCCCGAGGCUGUGUACGAGGAGAUCGGGUACAGCCCAGCGUGGGAGAAACGGGCCAGGUUUGAUCGCUCAGGCUCCUAUUCAGAGGAGUCCCUGACCCAGCUGCAGCCCCACCCUAGGGUCAGUGAGGAGGAGAAAGGUCUGGGAUCAGCACCAGGGGGCAGCCUGCGCUCCUGGAGAAGUGCCGACGUCCCUGGAGCUGAAGGAGACACCUCGUCCCUGUCCCCGGGGAGCAUGGGCUAUGAUGAUGCUGAAGAGGAAUGGGUGCAGCAAGAUGAGAGGCUUGAUGUGGCCUGUCGUGUCAUUCUGGAGCAAAUAUUUGAGACAGAGCACCAGGAAAUUGUAACCAUGGGCACGUGA